GCUCUGAUAGCAGUCGUAUCAUCAGUGCUAAUGGUAACGUUUCAUGAGCAAAAUCUGUAAUUUCGCUGCAGUAGACUGAUUUACUCAUAAGCGGAGCUUUUAUUGGGGUAGAAGCUAAUAUGCAUUUGCGUUCACAGUGGAAAGCAAUAGCUAUCGCAGUCGUUAGCUAAAUUAGCGUUAAAUCUUGAUUGAGCUUGUUGCUAACGGGACACAGAUUUAGUUCUGCAAACUGAUAAUAUGCAAACGCUCCUUCGCUUAUCAGUUUGGGCAUCACUGUCAACAACAAUUAUUAAUGUAAACUAAUUUAGUUCCCGAGAAGACUGACUGUUAUUGUAUUGUGACACCUGGGCAAAUGAAUAUUUGAUUACAAAUAGAGAUGUUCGGCCUGAUGGCGAACUGUUGCUCUUGGCUGAAACGCUGGCGAGAGCCUGUCAGGAAAGUGACGUUGGUGUUGGUGGGAUUAGAUAAUGCAGGGAAGACGGCUACAGUCCGAGGGAUCCAAGGAGAUAAUCCUGUCGAUGUGGCCCCUACAGUGGGUUUUUCCAAGGUUGACCUGAAACAGGGCAAAUUUGAGGUGACCAUCUUUGAUUUAGGUGGAGGAAAGAGAAUCCGGGGCAUCUGGAAGAACUACUAUUCAGAGUCACAUGGUGUGGUGUUUGUGGUGGAUUCUAGCGACAUCCAACGCAUCCAGGAGACAAGAGAAACCAUGGCUGAGGUCCUCCAGCAUCCACGCAUCGCUGGCAAACCUGUACUAGUGCUUGCCAACAAACAAGACCAUGAGGGAGCACUGGCUGAAGCAGAAAUCAUUGAGACCUUGUCACUCGAGAAGCUUGUUAAUGAGAACAGGUGUCUUUGUCAGAUUGAGCCAUGCUCAGCAGUACUGGGCUAUGGCAAGAAAUUAGACAAAUCCAUCAAAAGGGGUCUAAACUGGCUCCUCAACAACAUUGCCAUAGAUUAUGAGGCCAUUACUGAACGUGUGCAGAAAGACACGGCUGAGCAACGUGCAAAGGAAGAGCAAGACAAGAAAGAGAGAGCAGAACGAGUGCGCCAGAUACGAGAAGAGAGAGAAAGGCAGGAACAAGAAGAGGCAGAACGUGAAGGCAGGCAGACCGAGAAAGAGGAGCCCAAUGAUGACAGCAUGCUCAACCCCUUCCAGUCAAUAGGAAGUGUGAUCGCUGAGAAUGAGGAUAAAGAUAAUGGGAACAGACAAAUCGAGCUCCAAGAGGGCAGGAACAGUAGCCCAAGGGCAGAUGAUCAAGAUGAGGAGGAGUAUGAAGAUGACAACCAGCAAGAGCCAAGUAACGCAAAACAACUGCAUGAGAGCAGUAGUUCAGCCACCUCAGGUGAGCAUCGCAAGAAGAAGACCAGGAAGCUGUAUCUGAAAAGGAAGCACCGUGUGGAUCCUCUGAAGAGUGAAGAUGGCCCUGCAGAGACCCAGACUCCUCCACCCCCACCAGUGGGAUGGGCCACGCCAAAAGUUUCUAGGCUGCCAAAGCUAGAACCACUCGGGGGCUCGAGACAUUCUGACUUUUACAAGAAGCCCCUCCCACCUGUGGCAAAUAAGCCACAGCCUAACAGCGACACACAUGAUGUAAUUUUUUAGCCAGCGUUAACAGUUGGCCUUGAUGCCCACCCAAUCACAGUACUAUCCUUUGCUUUGUGUCUCAAGCAUGCAGUGUGUAGACAGCCAAUCAAAAGCCCACUGCAGCCGAAUGGAAGCCUGGCAGCCAGUGAGCACCAAAUGGCGAUGGACAAAAACGAGGUGCAGCAUGGGAAACUCUGCACAGACGGCACAAUAUGGCUUCACUGUUUGGCAUGUUUCAGCAGGCGGGUUUCCUUUACCUUUUAAGUUUCUGCAAUUUGUAAUGGGGACUUGAAAAUGUGCUAAUGUGGGGGGGGGACAACUCAGAUAUUGCAAAAACGUGUUUAUACUCACAUUAGGUGGUGUUUCAGGUGAUUCAGUUAAAGCUAUAUGUCACAAAGCUGCAAUGGAAACAUUUAUUUAUGACCUAUUUAUGUACACAAUUUUCAGAGCAAGUAGCUCAGUGGAUAAGGAGUUGGCCUGCCAAUGUAUAGACCUGGGUUUGAAUCCCGCUCACGUCUCUGUCCUCCUUGGACAAGACUUAAUCUGCAUUGUCUCAGUCCACCCAGAUGUAAAAAUGGGUAUUGGCCUCGACUAGGGAAAUAAAUGUGAGGCAUCAUUGUAAAGUGAUUUAAACUCCUGCUGGAUGGGAACAACACUAUACAAAUACAGUCCUUCUCAUUAUAGCUACAUCACAUUACGUGUGGACGGAGAAAGUGAGAGAUCCUCUUAAAUCUUAACAGACAAAGAAGUAACGGCAAUAUUGGAUUUGAAACAACAAAAUGUCAGAAUAUAGCAGGACUGGCACAUCAGUUGCCAUUACUAUUAGAAUGACGGUUAUUGUGAGCGGAUCUCUGGAACAGCAGUCACUUCACAAUGGUUUUGUCUGUGUUCUGGAUAUUGCUUAACAUUUGCGCAAAUCUGUAAUGGAAACCCACCGCAUAUGAACCAUGGAACUGUGGCUGAACUCUUAUUUUUUUAUGUUAGUGCAGAACUCUCAUUGGAAAAUUAUUCUGAAAGUUUUUUUUUUAAACAUAUAUAUAUUGUAAUAUAGUGCAGCAGAUAGGCAGAAUAAUUAACAGAAUUUGGUACACAUGUAGCUAGCAAAAGGUAUUCCAAAAUAAAAUUAAAUAUUGGGUCAUCAUGAAUUUUAAAUGUCACCCAUGGCAGCCAUUUUUCAAAAUGAAAAUUUUUAAAAUGCUCCAGUCACAUUGAAAAAUGUGCCACAUUAUUUGUCUGAUUAUAAAGAUUCCAAAAAAGGUAUAGUUUGGACAAUCUAUGACUGAAUGUUUAUGGCGUUAAAACAGCAAUAACAAUGACAAAGGUCAGUUUCAGUUUGUACAGGGGUCAAAAGUUAAAGUUGCUCCAAUUUAGACAUAUUGAAAAUUCAUGAUGGCCCAAUGUACGGUUUCAUUUGGAAUACCUUUGGCUGCAUGUGUACCAAAUUCUAUGCUUUUAUCACAAAAUGCACAAUUGUUAUGGAAAUUUUAGCUAAGCUGCACCACUAAUAGCAGUGUUAGACAGUUUGCACCUUUUGUGUCAAACUAAGACUCUUAACGGAUAGAGUGUUCGACUAGUCGGUUUAGCUUGAUCUGUCUGUAUGAACACGAACAUCUGUUUUAUAUUUAAAAAUUCUAAUAUGUUCUCAGCAGCAAAAUUCAAUCAAAUUUCUCCUUCUGUGGUUUAUCAGGAGUUUGCAUGAGGUACUGUGAGACAACAGACUGCAUAAAGUAUUGAGGAAAUUAAGGUUUAUUUUAAGGAUAUUGAAAGAGAAUGAAUGUCUUGGGUGGGGGGGGUGUUGCACUUUUCACAGUGGUGACUGCAUUAUAUUUGAACAUUUCAGAUUUAGUUUUAAUGUGAAAAAGUCACAAUUUAAGUCCUGUGUGUGAAUGAAUAUAUGGGAAAUUACUCUUGCAGGUGCAACAUCUUAACAUAAUGUAACAAUGCCUCAAUAUUUUAUUGUAAAGAUUUGAUAAUGAAAGGCAAAAUCUUUUUUUUUUUUUUUUUUUUUUUUUGAAUUUGCAACAUCUUUUUUUUUUUCUACACAGUCUUAUUACCAGCAACAUUGUGAAUUUUUUAUUGUAAAAGAAAAUCCAAACAUGAAAAUAUAUUUGUCUACAGAGCAACACAAUAUGUGUCCUUUGUGCUGUUUACAGUCUGGUUUUAAAGUGAUAUUUCUCUUGGGGGGCAUGGCAGAAUCCACCUCACACAUGCAGCCUCAGGUGGCGCUUAUUCCAUUUUUACCUCAGCUUUUCUCUUUGUAAAUAGUUUACAUCAAAAGUCUGAACAGUUCUGAGAUGAAAAAUUUGAACAGUUCUUUGUCCCAUUAAAUUUUCUGUUGAAAAUGUUUGCAAUAGAACGAUGAGGGAACAAGCAAUACUGGAUCGGAGCUCAGGAUCUGUAGCAACAAUAAUUCAGCAUUUCGAAAUGAAAAGUCACUUUAAAACCAUAUUAUCAUAUUUCAGAUACAUGUAAAGCAUGGCAUUGUUAAUGAACUAUGUUUGUAAAAAAUAUUUUUUUCUACAGUUUGAAUUUUUGUAAUGGUACAAUUAAAAUGACUUGGGGAAAAGAU